UCAUGUUGUUUUGAUGAAAUUAUGGGAGCAUGUUUGUUGCCACAGACACAAAGUAAAGAAACAAAAAUGAGUCAGAAAUCAAGCAAGCUUCCCUGCAGAAACAACGAAAAUUUUCAAUCUUCCACUGCAAUAUGGGCCUUCAAGCUUUGGUGUUCUCCAACAUGGGAAAUUACAGACCUCCAAAUCAAACCCCACAAGUACUAGUCAAUCUGCUACGGAGCAAUAACCCUUCCCACUCUCUUCCACUGCGCAAUCAGCCAAAAACGGCUCUUCACAUGUCUUUGUUUGUAGUGAAUAGAUAAAGCAUUUUAGCUCUCUGGUUACAGUUGGUCCUGGCACCAACUACUCACGGGCUCAUUAUAUGCACAGUGAUCAGAAUUCCUCACCUAUAUGGUAAUGCUUCGGAUGCCUUUAUGGAGCAUCAGUUAUACUAUUGAUGCUUUUUUAGAAGCUUCUUCCCACCGUCUCCAAAUUUGGCUCCCAUGGAUGUUGUAGUUUUCCUCCUUUUUGCAUCUCUGUUCUUUCAUCCAAUUUCACUCCUAGCUCAACCAACAAAUCCUGUCUCUCGGAUCACCGUAGUGGGUGUGGUUUACUGUGAUAUCUGCUCCAGCAACACUUUCUCUAGGCACAGCUACUUCAUGCCAGGUGCGGAUGUUCAAAUACAAUGCAAAUUCAGAGUAAACUCGCCCAAAACCAUGGAACAGAUCACAUUCUCAGUCAACAGAACCACAGAUAAACACGGAGUAUAUACGCUAGAAAUACCAACAGUCGAUGGGGUGAACUGCGUAGAAGGUCUGGCAUUAACAUCAUUGUGCCAGGCUAGCUUAAUAGGGAGCCCGUCUUCAGCCUGCAACGUCCCUGGCUUGAAGAUCACGUCAAAUGUGAUAUCAGUCAAGUCUAAGCAAGAUAAUCUCUGCAUAUACAACUUGAAUGCACUGAGUUUCUGGCCAUCUAAGAAGAACACUACCUUAUGUGGAAAUCAGAAGGAAUUGCAGAACUCUUUGGACUCCUCAAAGUGCUUUCUUCCAUUUUUCCCACCAAGUGGAUUCCCUUGGCCCCCUUUACCUCAAUUUCCCUUCCCUCCACUGCCCCCCCUCCCUCCAUUGCCCUUUCCUCCACUACCACCUUUCUCCUCAUUGCCCUUCCCUCCACUUCCCCCUUUUCCAUCUUUUCCUUUCCCUCCAUUACCAUUUCCAAACCCACCAUCUUUGCCCUUUCCAUUCCCACGAUUCCCCCCUUUUCCUCCUACUACAUCUCUUUUCUCCCCUCCGCCUCCACCUGAUUUAAUCUAAGAGACCCAAGAACUUGGAUACCUCACAUCCCUACAUUCUCUCCCCCUCCACCAACAUUUAAUCUUGGGGACCCAACAACUUGGAUACCAUAUGCCCCUCCAUCUUCUCCUACUAGCCCUCAAAACCAAAUUCCGUGAUUACAGUUUUACUUUUUUUUUUUUUUCAUCUAUGCAGUCACACAUAAUGUUUGAUUAUCAAUGUUGGAAGACAGAUGCAUAUAGAAAUUACAAUAUAUUUUGCAUAA